AAUGUUGUAGAACUUUACUACGUUCCAAGUAGUCCACCAUGCAGGGCCGUCCUUCUGACUGCUAGAGCCAUCGAUUUGAAAAUGAAUCUGAAUUUCAUAAACGUUAUGGAAGGUGAACAAUUUGAACCUUACUUCUUGAAGAUGAAUCCACUUCACACUGUACCAACAAUGAAGGAUGGAGAUCUUAGUCUAGGAGAGAGCAGAGUCAUUAUGACUUAUUUAGUAAACAAAUAUGCAAAAACUGAUGCACUAUAUCCAAAGGAUCCGAAGAAACGAGCGAUGGUAGAUCAGAGGUUGUACUUCGAACUAGUAGCUCUGAAUCCGCAUCUCAGAGAUUACAUUUUUCCAGUGUUCUUUGAGGAAUCACUGCUAAACAAAUCUGCGAUUCCAGCUAAAUCCAUUGCACACUGUACCAACAAUUNNNAUCCCAAGAAGAGAGCAAUGGUUGAUCAAAGACUAUAUUUUGAAGUCAUCGCUUUAUACCCACAACUGACUGACUACUAUUUUCCAGUGUUCUUUGAGAACUCUACAUUAAACAAAGCCGCGAUUCCAAAGAUCCAUAAGGUUCUCAAGAUGAUUGAAAAUUUCUUAACAGAAAACACUUUCAUAGCUGGAAGUACUUUGACGAUUGCUGAUCUUUCUCUAGUGGCAUACAUAAGUUCUUUGGAUGAACUGGAUUUUGAUAUGUCACAGUAUCAGCACAUACUGAAAUGGUAUAAGAAAGUCAAGGAAACUGCACCUGGAUACGAAGAGGCAAAUGGAAAGAACGUAUUGAUUUUCAAGAAAAUGGUUCAUGAUUUAUCCAAGGGAAGAACUUAAACUAUCAACGUUUAAUUAAAUAGUAAAACUGCGAGUUUGAUAGAAUUAGUGUUAUGAAUUCAUGUAAUUAGAUGAAAUAGAAAUCAAAUAAA